UAUCCUUCUUGAGAGUCGGACUUUGGAAGAGAAAUUACGGGCAGAGUCAGUCAGGGCAAAGAAGAGAUGCAUCGUCUCGUUCCUGGCAAUCCUUUCGUGGCGCUUGUCGCACCGAUCCUUCUCGUUGUGCUCGCGCACAAGCUUCGGAGUAAGAGGAGAGCAACUGCGCAAAGAAACAAGAAAGAUCUGCAUCCUGGUACGCCUAGUCCUCCGAUCCAGCCCAGCGGAAACGAUUUCGACGUGUUCUUGAGCUUUAGAGGUGUAGAUACUCGAAACGGCUUCGUCGACCACCUCUAUUGCGGCCUCGUCGGUGCUAGAAUCCGUGUCUUCAUGGACGACAAUGAACUCCGCUUGGGCGAGGGAUUGAGCGAAGAGCUUAGGCAAGCCAUUAGUAACAGCAAUAUUUUGAUCCCUAUUAUCUCUGAGAAUUAUGCCUCUAACAAAUGGUGCCUUCAAGAAUUGGUUUGCAUGAUGGAGUGCCGAAAACAAUGGGGACACAAAGUGUUUCCCAUAUUCUACAAAGUGGAACCUGCGGGGGCGCGAUCUGAAAUGGGUCGUUUUAGAGAGGCAUUUCGUAAUUACAAGCGGAGGUGUUUUGACCCAGAGGUUGUGGCCAAAUGGAAGGAAGCGCUUGCAGAAGUCAGUUCCUUGAGUGGAUGGGAAUCAGAGAAAUUUGCUAAUGGGAGAGAAGGAGAAUUGGUCAAAUCGGUUGUGCAAAAAGUUUUGAAAGAGUUGAAGGAGUUGGUUGCUGAUGAUUAUUUGGUCGGAAUUGACAGUCCUGUGGAGGAGGUUAUGGAAUUGGUGAACAGGAAUGCUAGUGCUACCCCGUGUGUGGGAAUUUAUGGAAUUACGGGCAUUGGUAAGACUACUCUUGCUAAAGUCAUAUACAAUAAGCUGUCUGAUCUGUUUGUGCAUCGUAGCUUCAUUGCUAACAUCAGGGUAUCAUGCGAACGUCAUGGUAUUAAUUACUUGCAAAAUCAAUUAAUCUUUGAUAUGCGGAAAAGAGAAAUUCAAUUUUGCAAUAGCGACGAAAGACUCAAGUAUAUCUCGUCUAGGUUUAAAGAUGAGAAAGCCCUCAUUAUUCUUGAUGACGUGGAUACCACUAGUCAGUUAGAGGCUUUGGCUGGAAAUCCUUACUGGUUUGGCUCAGGAAGUAGGAUCUUUGUUACCACUAGAAACGAGAGUGUUCUUGAUAGAGUGAACAUCAAGUACAAGCGUGAGCAAAUGCAUGAGGAGCAAUCUCUUCUCCUAUUUUCUAGACAUGCAUUUCGAAGAGACCAUCCUCCAUAUGAAUUUUUAGCUCUCUCUCGUCUUGUGGUAUCUACAACGGAAGGGAUUCCCUUGGCUGUCAAGCUUGUAGGUUCAUUUUUGUGUGAAAAACCAUCACGAAUAUGGAGAGAAACAAUACGAAAGAUGCAAAAUAUGCCUCAUAUGGCCGUGCAAGAAAAGUUCAGGAUAAUUUGUGAAGAAAUGGGGGAGGAUCGAAAAAACGCGGAAGAUGCAUCUUCCGCUGCUACGCCUUGUCCUUCCAUCCUGCUAAGUGAAAGCAAAAACGAUUACGAAGUGUUCUUGAGUUUUAGAGGUGUAGAUACUCGAAGAGGCUUUAGCAACUACCUCUACUGCAGCCUCAUUGAUGUUGGAAUCCGUGUCUUCAGGGACGACGAUGAGCUCCGUGGGGGCGAGAGUUUGAGCGAAGAUCUUAUGCGAGCCAUUAGGAACAGCAAUAUUUUGAUCCCAAUUAUCUCUGUGAAUUAUGCUUCUAGCAAAUGGUGCCUUGAUGAACUUGUUGAAAUGAUGAAGUGCAAGAAUUGCUCAGGGCACAUAGUGUUGCCUAUAUUCUACAAAGUGGAACCUGCGGAUGUGUGGCCUGUGGGAGAAUUGAUGAAAUCAGUUGUGCAAAAAGUUUUGAACGAGUUGAAGAAAGCAGUGGACUUGGAUGAUCUUGAGAAUUUGGUCGGAAUCGAUAGUCACGUGGAGGAGGUUAUGAAAUUAAUAAAUAAGUCUGCUGGAGCUACCCUAUGUGUGGGAAUUUACGGAAUGGGAGGUAUCGGUAAGACGACUCUUGUUAAUGUCAUCUACAACAAGCUAUUAAAUCAAUUUGAGCAUUGUAGCUUCAUUGCUGACAUUAGGGAAUUAUGCAAUCGCAAUGGUAUUAGUUACUUGCAAAAUCAAUUAAUCAGUGAUUUAUUGCGAAGAAAUAUUCGAUUGCAUAACAAGGAUCACGGAAUCCGCAUCAUCUCAUCCAAGCUUAAAGAUAUGAAAGUCCUCAUUAUUCUAGAUGAUUUGGGAACCACUGAUCAAUUAGCAGCUUUGGCUGAAAAUCUUGAAUGGUUUGGCUCAGGAAGUAGGAUCUUUGUUACCACUAGAAAUGAGAGUGUUCUUGAUAGGGCCGGAGUGGACAUCAAGUACAAGCAUGAGGAAAUGGGUAUGGAGCAAGCUCUGAUCCUAUUUUCUAGACAUGCAUUUCGAAGUGACUUUCCUCCUAGUGAGUUUUCAUUUCUCACUCAUGUUGUGGUAUCUACAACAGGAGGGCUUCCCUUAGUUCUCAAGGUUGUAGGUUCAUUUUUGCGUGGAAAACCAGCAAUGCUAUGGGAAGAAACAAUACAUAAGAUGCAAAAAAUACCCCAUGAGGAAGUGGUAAGAAAGUUGAUGGUAAGUUAUGAAGAAUUGGAGGAGGAUCAUAGACAGAUGUUCCUGGAUGUCGCUUGUUUUUUAAUUGGGAGUGAUGUAAGAGUUGCCUACUACAUGUGGGAUGAUUGGGGCUUUUUUGCGAGGGAAGGAAUUGAAGUGCUGAGAUCUUUGUUAUUCAUUAGUGUUGGAGAUAAUUAUGAGUUCAGAAUGCAUGACCAAAUGAGAGAUCUUGCCAGGGAAAUUGUGCUUGCAGAAAACUACUGCAAACCUCAUAAACGUAGUAGAUUGUGGCAUUACGAGGAAGCCUUGGAAGUGCUAGAGAGCAAAAGGGGAACUGGAAGGAUUCAAGCCAUUUGUCUAGAGCAAGGCAACUCUAAUUAUAUAAUUGAUCAAGCGAGCCACACAUUUACGGAUGAACCAUUUAGAAACUUAUGGAACUUGAGGUUUCUUCACAUGAGUUCUGUGAAUCUUGUCGGAGAUUUUAGUAAAUUAUUUUCUCAGUUAAGAUGGCUCAAAUGGGGGAAUUGUCCUUCAAAUUUUGAAGCAAGCAACUUCCAUGUGGGGGAAUUAGUCAUACUCGAUUUGUCAGGAAGCCCGAUUUCAGAUGUCUGGCAAGGAUGGUAUUCAAUGAUGGUAUCUGACCCCCAUGAUAUAUUCUUUCUUGCAGAAGGCAAAAAGCUGAAAGUUCUCAACCUCACAAGUUGCCAUUCCUUAAAAAGGACUCCUUACCUCUCAUCUUUUAAAAGAUUGGAGAUUUUGAUCCUCAGAGAUUGUCGCAACUUAGAGAAAAUUGAUAAUUGUAUUGGAAACAUGGAGAGUCUCGUUUCCCUCGACUUGAGUGGAUGUUCUGGUCUUAAGGAGCUUCCACUUCAAAUGGCUAAACUAGAACAAUUGGAGGAACUUCUUCUAGAUGAAACAGCGAUGCAAGAAAUACCUUCCUUCAUCAGUUAUCUAAAGAAGCUAGAGACACUUAGUGCCAAGGACUGCAAAUCAUUGAUUGGAUUUCCGGACUCAAUAGGCAAUUUGGUGAAUUUGUCGACCCUUGUCUUAUCAGGUUGUGUUGAGCUUGCAACACUUCCACACGGCAUUGGGUCCCUUGAGAAUUUGCGGUGCUUGUCAUUGGGAAGUUGCCAACAAUUGAGAGAGAUUCCCAAAUCAUUAAUUGGGCUGGAUUGGCAAUUUGAAAUUGUUGACUCAACUGGACUUGAGUGGAUGUUCACGUAUUCAACAGCUACCGCCUCAAAUUGGUGA